GGGCGGGCGAGGAGCGGGGCGUCCAGGCGCGCGCCAGCCGGGGUGGCCGGGUCGCGAGGCCGCGGGGUAGGCGGCCCGAGCGCGGCUGGACGGCCCCGCCCCUCCCGGCCAGCACCGCCCCCUGCGCGCCCCGCCCCCUCCUUCCCGCAGCCCCCACCCCCGCCCCGGCUCCUCAACACAAACUUUCCGUCCCGCUCGCUCCCUCCUCCGCGCUCGGCGCCUCCCGCUCCAGCCCGGCUCAUUCCGCACAUUCCGGCCAGCCCCCUCCCCACGACCCCCCUUCCCCGGCCCCCCUCGCGGCUCCCUCGGGCCCGGCGGAGCUGCCUGGCCGGAGCGCCCCCGCGAGCUCGGACCAGGCUCAGCCGCCCAGCGGGCUCAGGCCCAGAGCCCAGAGCAACCAGCACAAUAGCGUCCAACAGCUGGAACGCCAGCAGCAGCCCCGGGGAGGCCCGGGAGGAUGGGCCCGAGGGCCUGGACAAGGGGCUGGACAACGAUGCGGAGGGCGUGUGGAGCCCGGACAUCGAGCAGAGCUUCCAGGAGGCCCUGGCCAUCUACCCGCCCUGCGGCCGGCGGAAGAUCAUCCUGUCAGACGAGGGCAAGAUGUACGGCCGAAAUGAGUUGAUUGCACGCUAUAUUAAACUGAGGACGGGGAAGACUCGGACGAGAAAACAGGUGUCCAGCCACAUACAGGUUCUAGCUCGGAAGAAGGUGCGGGAGUACCAGGUUGGCAUCAAGGCCAUGAACCUGGACCAGGUCUCCAAGGACAAAGCCCUUCAGAGCAUGGCGUCCAUGUCCUCUGCCCAGAUCGUCUCUGCCAGUGUCCUGCAGAACAAGUUCAGCCCACCCUCCCCUCUGCCCCAGGCCGUCUUCUCCACUUCUUCGCGGUUCUGGAGCAGCCCCCCUCUCCUGGGACAGCAGCCUGGACCCUCUCAGGACAUCAAGCCCUUUGCACAGCCAGCCUACCCCAUCCAGCCGCCCCUGCCGCCGACGCUCAGCAGUUAUGAGCCCCUGGCCCCGCUCCCCUCAGCUGCUGCCUCUGUGCCUGUGUGGCAGGACCGUACCAUUGCCUCCUCCCGGCUGAGGCUCCUCGAGUAUUCAGCCUUCAUGGAGGUGCAGCGAGACCCUGACACGUACAGCAAACACCUGUUUGUGCACAUCGGCCAGACGAACCCCGCCUUCUCAGACCCACCCCUGGAGGCAGUAGACGUGCGCCAGAUCUAUGACAAAUUCCCCGAGAAAAAGGGAGGACUGAAGGAGCUCUAUGAGAAGGGGCCCCCUAAUGCCUUCUUCCUUGUCAAGUUCUGGGCCGACCUCAACAGCACCAUCCAGGAGGGCCCGGGAGCCUUCUAUGGGGUCAGCUCUCAGUACAGCUCUGCUGAUAGCAUGACCAUCAGCGUCUCCACCAAGGUGUGCUCCUUUGGCAAACAGGUGGUAGAGAAGGUGGAGACUGAGUAUGCCAGGCUGGAAAACGGGCGCUUUGUGUACCGUAUCCACCGCUCGCCCAUGUGUGAGUACAUGAUCAACUUCAUCCACAAGCUGAAGCACCUGCCCGAGAAGUACAUGAUGAACAGCGUGCUGGAGAACUUCACCAUCCUGCAGGUGGUCACGAGCCGGGACUCCCAGGAGACCCUGCUUGUCAUUGCUUUUGUCUUCGAAGUCUCUACCAGUGAGCACGGGGCCCAGCACCAUGUCUACAAGCUCGUCAAAGACUAGGGUGCCCUCUGCGCCUCCAUAAGGAUGCAGGGUGAGCAUCUCCUCUCCACACCUGCCUGGCACCCCUGCGGGGGGGUCCAGGACUGAGGAUUCAUCUACCUGCCAGGCCUUAGGCCCAGGACCCAGGAGGCCUCCCCACCUACCCCAGCACACACACUCCCUGCCACUGUUCUGCGCUUUAAUUGUGGGAGAAGAGAGGAGAGGAGGGCUCAGCGGUGGGGCAGCCUGUCCGGGGCGCUGGCCCACCAUCACCCUGCUCUGCCCAGCCUGGCGUGACCUCAGAGAGGUGGGGAUAGGGGACACCUUCAGCCUCCGGCAUGUGUGGCCACUGUCCCCCCACCCACCCUUGGGGGAGCAUGAUGGGCAGGUGAGGGCAGGAUGGAGACCAAGGGAGUCAGUGAGCAGAGGCCCUGGGAGUGUCCAGUCAGGGUUGGACUGAGGACAAAGGGGCCCACACUUCCUUGCCCCUUUGUGUCCCAGGCCUGGUGCCCAGACUCCUUGGAUGGCUUGUGUGGUCCUCAGACUCCGCACAGCGAGCAUAGGUCUCUGCGUUUCAGAUGAAGUGCCCAGGCUCCAGGAAGUUGAGGGACCCACAGGAGAGGUGGGCAGAGCUGGAGUUCUCAUCCAGGGCUGCUUGUCCCCAGAGCCCAGGUUUACACUACCUCCCUGGGGCGGGGGCUGGCCGCAGGGUAGGGGAGAGGCUCUGCAGUGUGGAGUGGAGCCUCAUCGAGGGGAGCUGGGUUAGGGGAGCACCUGUUUCAGACUGGGCAUGAAGAAGGGAGCACAGCAGCUACUAGACCCCAUUAGCACCCCAUUAGUCCACAAGCCAGCCAGGGGCCCCAGGAAGAUGGGGCACCCCCCAGCACCCUCCAGAUUGAGGGCAAGGUAGAAGAAGGAGUCCCAGCCUUUGGGAAGACCAGAGGCCCAGAGGGAGGGAGUAGCAGGCGGCUUUUGGUUUUUCUCUUGCCUGAGGCUUGGAUCUGACAAACCCUUGGUGGGCACUGCUCCCUUAGGUCCUUCCCCACCUCAGCCUACCUGCCUAGAGUAGCAGCUCCCAGACCCAGUUCUGGGACUGAAGGUUAACCCUUCACCUGCUGCCCCUUCUCAACACCCAGGCCCCCAGAGCCAACCGGGCCUGUCCAGCAGCCACCUGUGGGUAUUUAUGAGUUUCAUAUGAAGUACUGUGCCCCUUCCCUUCCUCAUCCCGACCCUGCCCGAGCUUCCUGAAGGUCCUCACUGUUUGCAUAUCGCUCAGGCCACCUCCAAACCCCACCUAGGUUUUAUAAUGUAUAUUAUAUAUUUUUUUGUGUAUUUUUAAAAUCCAGCUGUGAUGGGUUAUAUCAUAAAUGCAGCUUAGGGUUGGAGCAGGGGCCCUCAAGGCCCAGCUCCUGCUCAAAAAAAAAAAAAAAAAAAAAAAAAAAAAUUAAAGUUAUUUGUUUGUGGGUCAGUCAUGUAA